GUAUCAUUUGUAACAUAGCAACUAAUUUACGGGAAUCAUGGAGGGACAAUCAUUCCAACUAAAAGCAGUAUUAGUCGCAGGUCUCGCGACCUCUUUCGAGGAAAUCCAAUUAGCAUCCAGGUGUUGGGGUGACACACCGUCGAGAACUGGAACCUGCUAGGAUUUUUCUUCUGUUGCUUGUUCGACUCGGGUAUCAGCCCUGCGCGAAGAGGACUCUCUCUCCCUCACCCCCUCCCUCCCUCUCGGUCUCUGGGUCUCUCCCCAGUUGCAAAGACCGCACUUCUCGCCCAGGUGUGACAUUUUUGGAGUUCCUCAUUGGAACCGCAACCCUCCCCGAGAAAAUGACGGACUCCACACCGCCAGACCCCAACACCGUCCCGGAGCCGGUAACAGUGGACCCUAAGGUGGCGAACGGGCAGUGCGAACAGACGGAACCUCCGGACCAGCAACAACAGCAGCAGCCCAACACAGAAAGUCAGGCAGAGGCUCUGAAGAUGGACCAGGAGAUGAAGAUUACAGACAGCUUAGACGACGGAGGUCUUCUGGAGAGCAGCAUGCGCCUGAAGCCUCAUGAAGCGCAAAGCUACCGCAAGAAAGCUCUAUGGGUGUCCUGGGUUUCCAUCGGCAUCACUAUCAUCCUGGCCAUCGUGGCUUUCACUGUCUCCAUCAUGCGUCACAGUGCUUCAGCUUUUGGAUUUGCGUUUGACGCCACGCUGGACGUGUUGUCCUCGGUCAUUGUACUGUGGAGGUACAGCAACGCUGCAGCUGUCCACUCGGCACACCGGGAGUACAUAGCCUGUGUUAUUCUAGGCGUGGUUUUCAUCUUGUCCUCCUUGUGCAUUGUGGGUAAGGCCAUCCAUGACCUGGCCACAAGGCUGCUACCUGAAGUGGAUGGGUUCCUGUUCAGCGUGGCCAUCAUCAGUGGCUUGCUGUGCCUCAUUCUGUCUGUGAUCAAGUUCAUGCUGGGGAAAAUACUGACCAGCCGGGCCCUCAUCACUGACGGAUUUAACUCUCUGGUGGGCGGGAUCAUGGGGUUCUCCAUCCUAAUAAGUGCUGAAGUGUUUAAGCAUGAACCCAGUGUGUGGUACCUGGAUGGGACAAUAGGCAUCCUCAUUGGUCUGGUCAUCCUCGCCUAUGGAGUCAAGCUGCUGGUGGACAUGGUCCCACGAGUCCGGCAAACCAGGAACUACGAGCGUUUUGAAUGAAGGACCACAGAUGAGGAAGGGAAAAAAAGGAGCAGAUGAGAUUUUUGGAGGGAUGAACAUGGGCUUACAGACUUAAUAACAAGGGGGACCGGGAGGUUGGUCUCAGCAGUCUCUUUUCAGACAAUCACAUUAAGUCCUCGGGUUGCUGACGGAGGCCUCUGUGUUUAAACAACCCUCCAGUUUUCAAAUUUGAACUAAGAGAAUGAGAAUCUUGGUACCUUUUAAGUGUUUUACAAUUUAAUGUAUAUAUAUAUAUAUCUUUAUCUGUCUUUUAACAGUGAAUGAGGUCGUCCGGUUUAUAAGAUAGAGAGAACAGUUAAAAAGUUGUUGACUCAGUAGACGAAAGGACAGAGACAAGCUUGAACUACAGGGUAUACAUGAAGGACAUUUGGACCCUGAGUGUACAGCCUUGUACAGCCAGCUGAUGUAAGAUACCUCAGUUAUCCCUAACACAGGAGUUUGUUUUCCCAUGGUUCCUAGAGGCCUUUGCUCAGCUGUGCUAUAAAAUGUUGCAGUGUGUCAGGUCCUAUGAUUGAUGUAGCUGAUGUAGCAGUGGAGUGUAGUUGGUGUUUUACCUUUUUUAAGACUUGAGAGGAUGUAUCACUCCAUGUCUCUUCUGGGGGAGUGGAGACUACAGACACACACACACACACUUACACAGCGGUUUAGUAACAUGUUCUGUGCUGUUCAGAAUAUUUUCUAGACUCUUGUGUAAGGAGGCAGGAAAGCCUAGAGUGGGACCUGUUUCAAAUAUUAUCUUUGGUUUCCAGUCACAUGAGACAGUCAGGAUCCUGCUCAGCUCCAGGUCUUUGAGACAGAACAGACAGGAAGUUGCUGAAACUGCCUCUGUGCUGUUUGUUUCUUAACAGCUUGCACCAUCUGCUGACCAGAAGAGGUACUUGCCACUCUCAUGAAUUUAUUUGAAUGUUCCACUAGGUUUAUGAACACAGCCUACUGAGAAGAUUGUCUACACCUUGCAUAUACAGGUCAAUGAUUGUUUUUAAAGCCUCAGUCUUUGCAUAGCACUACAAUACAGCUUCUCAGUCAUGGAUCUUUAUCUCUUACUUUUCAUUCACUGGAUUAAACAGUCUUUUGGACAAAAGAACCAUGACUGAAAAUCUCCUCUAACCUUAGUGCUAACAGUUCUCCUUCCUCCCACUUUACACCACACCUGUCUACAAAGCUUGUGAAUGUGAAGACUCCACAUCCAGUGCAAUUUAUAAAACAUUUCUAAUACUGUGAAGGAUUCAACUUUCCAGCACUUACAGAACUUUUGGCGCAUAGGUCGAAGUCAAAAGCCAUCAGUUUGGUAUCCAGCAGGUCCAUUUCAAUCACUAUGUUGCAUUUGUUUCUAUGUGGAAAACCAAAGCCAGUGAUUGGUUCUGGUCAACAGUCAGGUCAAUAUUCAACUUGUUGAGUCAGACCUCUUGAUUUACUUUAAUUUCUCCAGUUUGGCUGCUGAACCUCCCACCCAUCUCAUGUGCUCUCCUUCUGUACUCCAAAGCCUUAAAUAGUCUGAUCAGUAUUUGGUGACUGUAAAACGUGAAUGUAACCAGAUGACGUCAGUUUUAUUCUCGGGAGGCGUGAGGUGAGGUUCAUAAAUAUUCCCUUGGAUCUGUGUGUUGCUGCAGUGACUGUGACUGAAUGUACACUGUGCUGUAAAACUACUUUAUAUAGCGCACAAUUGUGUUACUGUGAUGAGUUAUGUGUGGUCCCAAAUAAGGAGUACAACAGUGGUGUUUUUUUUUAAGGAUUUAAAAGGGACACUUUUGGGACUACAGUGUGUUCGCGAAGGCACACGUUGAGCACAGAAGAAUAAUACUCUGAGGCACAUGAAGGAUGUUUUUUAAUAGUCAUAUCUGGUGGGAAUUCCUUUGUAAACAUUAUUUAUGUGCUGAGAGAAAAACAUCACAAGCACAUAAUUCUUCUCAAAGUGUGCCGAUGCGUGAUAAACACUGUGCUGCAAACAUAAACACAUGUAUACACACACACACACACACACACUGUGGAACUUCAGCAGACGACUACUUUCUGUGCUGGUGUAAAUACUGAAUCUGUGUCGCUGUGAUGUACAAAAAAGAAAAACACAAAUAUUAAAAAGUCAGAGCCUUUUGUCACAGAAAAAAGGGUUUAUUUAAAAAUAAAGUUAUAUCCCUCUUA